AUGGACACGGCGAGGAUGAGUUCCUUCCUCGAUUACCCCAUCCUCAGCGGAGAGUCCGGGGCAUGCUCUUCCCGAGCCUAUCCUCCCCCAGAUCAUGGGAUUACAACUUUCCAGUCCUGUGCGGUCACUGCCAGUAACUGCAACGGGGACGAUCGCUUUAUGGUUGGUAGGGGGGUCCAGAUAAGUCCCCAUCACCACCACCAUCACCACCACCAGACCGGUGCCUACCAGCAUCACAACAACCUGGGCAUGUCCUACUCGCACUCUAGCUGUAGCCCGGGAUAUGGCACCCAGAACUUCAGCGCGGGUUACAGUCACUACGCACUAAAUCAGGAAGCAGAUGUAAGUGGAGGGUAUCCCCCAUGCACCCCGGCCGUUUACUCUGGAACUAUCUCAUCUUCCAUGGUCCAGCAUCACCACUCCCACCAAGGUUAUGCUGGGGGCACGGUGGGUCCCGCUCAGUACAUUCACCCCCCAUACGGACAAGAGCAGCAGAAUCUGACUCUAGCGAGUUAUAGUACCUUAUCCCCUCUCCAUGCCAGCCACCAAGAAGCUUGUCGCUCUCCUUCUGCAGAGACCUCGCCUCCAGCACAAACCUUUGACUGGAUGAAAGUUAAAAGAAACCCGCCUAAAACAGGGAAAGCUGGAGAGUACGGAUACGUAGGUCAGCCCAACACCGUUAGAACCAAUUUUACCACUAAGCAGCUCACAGAACUGGAGAAAGAAUUCCAUUUCAACAAGUACUUGACAAGGGCCAGGAGGGUGGAGAUAGCUGCUUCACUGCAACUUAAUGAAACACAGGUGAAGAUCUGGUUCCAGAACCGUAGGAUGAAGCAGAAGAAAAGAGAGAAAGAGGGGUUGCUACCUAUUUCCCCUGCUACCCCGACAGGAAGUGAAGAAAAAACAGAGGAAUCAUCAGAAAAGUCCAGUUCAUCCCCAUGUACCCCUUCACCAGCUUCAUCGACCUCAGACACUCUAACUACCUCAAAUUGAAAUAUUUCUGCCCCCCCACUGUUUUAGAUAUAUGACUCCCACUCUAAAACCACAUUUUUUAGCAAAGCUUUAUUGAUUUACAGUAUAUUUUAAUAUUUAGGUCAUCUUUACAUCAAUCAACUUGUUUCAAGUGAAUUUGGUUUUAGAAGGCUCCCCCAGCUGUUUAGUCUAUGCAGAACUAAACAAUUUAGUGGUUUCCAUAAUCAGGUUUCUGAUGACCACUUAUUCAAAAUUCAUAUUUUUUAAAAUUCCAGCUAGCGCUGCAAUUUGCGGCAGAA